UACUCAAACUAUAAAAUGUAGUUAGACGAGAAAUGGAACGUAUAAAAGGGCAAUCCUCUAGGUGUUGAAUGUUUCUGUGAAUGAUUGUAUCUUUUCAAGACAACAACAUGAAGUUUUUGGUCGUGCUCUUGUUCUCGCUUUGUACGUUUCAAUCGGGUUGGGGUGAGAUUCGCACUGCUGGACAUGUUAUUCGGAUGGCUGGUAAAGGUAUUUCGGGAAGAGCUGUUUUAACACCCGACAAAAUUUGUACUGGUACGGAAAAAAUCGGAAAAUCAUUUUGUAAUGGAGAUCCGUCGGUUUGUGAUUCUACAGCUGUAGUGACUUGUACCACCGCCACAUCAGGAUAUACUGUCCCAUGUCCUGCAGAAAAACCAUACUGUGCUAACUCUACAUCGGGAACACCCGUUUGUACAGCAACGCCAUCCUCAGAAUGCCCUGAUAAGGUUUCAACGUUCCAAUGUACAGGUGUUGGCGAUUACCCAGAUCCUGCCAACUGCAAAAUCUACCACAAUUGUUACAUGGCAAAUAGCGAAAUCAAAGAGCAGACGAUCGAAUGUCCACCUGGUUACGUAUUCGAUCCCAACUCUGCAUCCAAACAGUUCUGUUUGUAUACUAGCACUCCAUCCAAAUGCGUCACCGUAACAGGCUGUGAUGGCACAACUACGAAAAACAUUGCCAUAAAUUACGCCAACAAUGCUCAAUUCGUUGCUUUGUGCCUUCCAGCACCGGAACAACCGUUGAUAUUCCAAUGUCCCACAGGAACGAAACCUAAUUUGGAUGAUUUUCCUGUUUCGUGCACAUUCACUUGCAAGUCUGAAGGUCAAUUUGCUUAUACGCCGGACAGAACUUACUACUACGAAUGCCGAUUUGAUUCUGCGAAAAAAUUGUACUCGACACUGAAACCAUGUCCGGCAGGUCAUGAAUUUGAGAAAACGGUAUGUGUUCGAUUGUAAGCAUUUGAUCGAGUUUAGGUUCAAAAAUGGGAAAAUAAAAUUUUGACCAGAAGUUUGCUAAGAGAUUUCGUUCAAA